AUGGCAACAACGACAACUGACAAAAGUCUUUGUGAUGUAUGUCGAAAUCAUUUCGGUGAUCAUCGUCAAGAAUUAAAUCAACAACUAGAUGAAGUUGAAGUUACUCGUAAUCUUCUUCGACAAGCACUAACAGAUGAAGCAAAACAACUUUUACUACAGCAUACAGCUAUACAUAUUACUGAUAUAGAGAUUCAGUUGAAUAAAUUAACUGAUCAAUUGAGACAAAGUCAUCAAAACAAUGACUUUGUUGAAACAGAUUUACAUCGAUGGAAAAAGCAAUUUAUUCAGCUAACAGAUGAACUUGGCAAACCACCAAAUAUUACUAUUCAACAAGGUUCAGAAUCACUUGUGAAAAAAAAUUCUGUUGAUAUAUCAACUUGAGAUACUUGUGGAACACUAGUAGCCGGUGGUCAUGGACAAGGUAAUCGUCUCAAUCAACUCAAUGGUCCUGGUUACAUCUUUGUCGAUCAAGAUUAUUCAGUUUACAUAUCAGAUGAGAACAAUCAUCGUGUGAUGAAAUGGACAAAAGAUGCAACAGAAAGUAUUGUUGUUGCUGGCGGUCAUGGCCCAGGAAGUGGUCCAUUUCAAUUGUCUGGCCCUCGUGGAGUGAUUGUUGAUCAGUUAGAUGCGAAACAAGGUACUGUUGUUGUUGGUGGAAAUAAUGAAGAAAACGAACAAAACCAACUCUACUAUCCUCAGGAUUUAUCAUUUGAUAGACAAGGCAAUCUGUAUGUUGUCGAUUUUGUAAAUGAUCGAAUACAACGUUUCAAUAUUGAUUCAAGUUCCAGUUAG